CUUCUCGUCGGUCCUUGCAGUCUUCACAGCUGUAAUUGUAUCAAAAAUGUCCUCUCUACUUACAGUACCUUGAUGAAGUGGUUUAAAUGAUUGAUCUUCUGAAUAUGACAUUGUCUUUUUGACAGCGAGCUUCCAUUGGUCUAGACAUACAGUAUCCUGCAGUGGAACGUAGUAAGCUGCAUAUCCCGAAAAUAAACCGACGACAUUAACCGCUUUGCUUCUUUGAAGCUAACACUCAGCCUCGUUUGCUGCCAAAUUUUAUAUCAGAUUUGGAAGAGAACAAACGGAUAAUCCAGUCUCCAAAUACCGAGUUAUCACCAGAAUAAAUCGAAGAAAGUUUCCGUUGACCAAGAAGGAUCGUUGCUUCGCUAGGCGCGACCAGAAUCGAGAGCUAGCGUUUCCAGACUUGAUUCUAUGAACUGACUCGACUCAUGACCUAUUGCUUCAACUCUGUUACCAUAUCUAGCAUUGUGACACUCGAAAUGACCAGAAUCAAGACCAUGAUGGAGCCAGCAGAGGCGCAUGUCCGCCUGUCACUCAUAGGUAAGCCGCGCUUCCAAACUGAAUAAUCUGCGUAGCAAAGCAGCUGUUAAUCUGGUAGUAGACGAACAAACGAAGAAAACUGUCCCUUAUCUCGAAUAUCCAGCUCUGGACAACAUCACGAUGGAGACCCGUAAAGCAUGGAUCAACUCCAUCACCAAAGCUCUCAUGAACACCACCAAAGCAGAAGCUGCGACCAACAUCAGGAACUGGGACUUACACCUCAAUACUAACGGUACGGUCGAAAACGUUGACCCUGAGCCUGGAGCGGAGAAAACACCACUCAAGAUAUAUCCACCUCAAUACCGCCUUCCAGGCGAGAUUUUUGGCCGCCAAAAUUCCAUAAAGGAACAAAUAUUUCGGAUGGAGUCUUUUGCUCUUGGCGGAGUUUUCUACGAGAUGCUUAUGGGAAAACCUGUUUUCGGGAGCGUCGAUGAUCUGGGUCCAAUUCAUGAACAGAUUGCAGAGGGAAAAUUUCCAGAUAUCUGGCAACAGACAAUGGCGGAGAGAAUCCUUGUGGCUUGGUGUCCACCAUUUGGACAGGUUCUGCUCAAUAGUAAGUAAUCAGAGGCUCCAUACUUAGAAUAUCACGUAAUCUAACAUUCUUUUCACUUCAGAACCAAUUCUCCAGAAGUUUUCUGAGUAUGCACACCGGAAUCCAUUUAAAUUCGGUGCUACCGUCCUUGGGGGAGCUGCUGCUAUUAUAGGAUUGGGUACUCCUCUAAUCCUUGGUGCAGCUGGAUUCGGAGCUGGGGGUGUAGCUGCUGGCUCAAUUGCUGCUGGUCUACAAUCAGGCAUUGGGUUGGUACAAGCCGGCAGUGUCUUCGCUUGGUGCCAGAGUGUGGGAGCUGGAGGAGCUGCUGCGGCCGCGCUACUUGGAGUGGGUGGUGCCGGUACAGGCGUAGCACUUGGUGCUACUUUAGCAGGAGUACUUGAUACCGAGAAGACGAUUGAGGACGCCGAGGCUCUGAAGAGAAAGUUCCUUGAGACGUGGAAAAGGGACAUGGAGGGAGAGGCUACCGAGAAGGCAAUGACCAAAUCAGAACUUUGAUCAGGUCUCUACGAUUUAGUCGACGGACGAGGAAGUGGAAUGGGGUUGAGAUGUUUGUUCGCUUAAACCAAAUUGAAUGGCAUUGCUAUUUUCUUUCCUUCUCAGAUGUGGUGACGCUUUAUUGUUUUGAUACAAAGUACUGGUAUGUAAUUACGAAAAGAAAGACUUUGUUGCUGGGCAUCUGGAAUGGAUCGUAGAAAAGCAUAGUAUUAAGGUAAA